CUGAAUUAUCUAACUAUAAAUCCCUCUCAUAAUAUCAAACCCCACACUUUCUCUUAUUUCACAUCUCCAAAAUCUCUAUUCCAUCUCCUCCAAUGGAUUUCUUCAAAUCCGUCUUCUCCGAAGACCCGGACCUACCCCAAAACGAUGACGCUCCGGAACCGAACCCGGACCCAAUCCCGGAUCCGGACUCGGACUCCACCGCGAUUUGGAGUUUCGGCGGAUUAAUCAAAACGAUCGCGUCGAAAUCGGAGUCGGUGAUCCAAACCUACCGGCGCGAUAUAGAGGAAUUCGGGUCCGGGUUGAAGAAAGAAACGUCGGUGAUCCGAGAAGUCGCGUCGCGAGCCGUCACGGACUUCCCGGCUUCGCUCGACGCCGGCACUUCCGUCGCUCAGGAAUCGCUCGAGUCCGUUGGUCAAGCUAUCGACGAUAUCGGCUCCUCCGUAUGGAAAUCGACGGCGGAAAUCAUCACUCACGGCGCGGACAAGCUCUUCGUAGCAGCCGCCGCCGGCUCUGAUUCCGAUUCCGAUUCCAAUAAUGGUAGGCGAUUGAGUAGCAGUAGUCAGGUUUCGGAUUUGAAACCAUACAGUAGGUUCGACGCGCAGGUGCGUGCGGUUCAGUGCGAUUUGAACACGUAUUUGGAGGAACCGAAGGAGGAGGAUUUGGAGGAGUGGAAAUUAGGGUUUGUGUUAGAGGAAAAAGGGAAAGAGAUUGAGGAUUUGAUCAGAGAGAAUCCUGUAAUCGAAGAGAUUUAUGAGAACAUUGUUCCAACUAGGGUUGACAAGGAGAGUUUUUGGAUUAGGUAUUUUUAUAGAGUACAUAAGCUGAAGCAAGCCGAGGAGGCGAGAGCUAAGCUCGUGAAGCGAGUGAUUUCCCGUGGCGAAGAAGAGGAUUUGAGUUGGGAUUUUGAUGAUGAUGAAGAAGAAAAUGGCGUGAAAAAUAUUAUUAGUAAUAAUGAUAAUGUAGCAUUGGAUGAUGAUAAGAGUUCCCGAUCCAAUGUUGUUGAAAAUGUUGGUGUGAAAUUGGAGGAGAAAGGGGAUAGUGAGGAAUCAGAGCGAGAUAGUGAUGUUUCGGUUGUUUCAAGCCAGCCAUUGUUGGUGGCGGAGGAGGAAGAGCUCGGGUGGGAUGAGAUUGAGGAUAUUGGAAGCAAUGAUGAGAACAAAGGGGAAGGGGAGGAUGGUGUUGUUUCGAGUUCCAAUAGGGUUGAUUUGCGUAAGCGGCUGAGUAAGGCGGAGGAGGAGGAGGAUUUGAGUUGGGAUAUUGAAGACGAAGACGAUGGUGAUGAUGAUGACAAGCAUGUUAAAUCGUGAUUAAUUUGAGGUUAUUAUACUCUGCCACUGAUUUGGGUUCCCCUGCAAAGUGUUUGUUUAUUUGUUAGUGAUAUUCGAUUGUUUGGUCUUUUAUAGAUUAAAAUUGUAAAUUCUUGUCUCUGCAUCUGUUUAUUUUUUGGUUUAAAGUGAUUAGAUUCAUCUUA